AUGGCCGCCGCCCCUAAUAAGCGCCGGAAGCCGCAGCCGCCUAAGACAGAAACUAUCGGCAAGAAGAUCAAAAAAUCCCGUAAAAGCAAAACACAAAACAGUGUGGAGAAGAAGUCCGAAGAUGAAAUAACCGUUGGGGGGAGAACGGAUGGUGAUGCCGUUCAACGGGCGACCGCCUCUCAGCAGCUGAGCUUUUUCAUAAACCAGUUUCAAUCCGCCAACAGCGUUCAGCUAUCUUCCCUCGAGCUCGAAUCCCUCAAAGAAACGUGUAUAGUAGAGCUAUCCCAGGACACAUCACAAAAUAUUUCUGGCAAGUUGGAGGAGCACGUGAAGGUUUCAUUUGGUUCAUCAUGGAAAGAAGUGCUCUGCGGAAAACAUCUGCAAGAAGGGAAAAUUCAGCCUGGGAGUCCUGCAGUUCUUGUAAUAAGUUCAUCAGCGUUAAGGUCAUUGGAACUUCUCAGGGAAUUGCGGUCUUUGACCAAAGAAUGCCAUGCUGCAAAGUUAUUCUCUAAGCACAUGAAGAUUGAGGAACAGGUGGUGUCCAUUCUAAAGAACCGCGUCAAUAUUGCCAGUGGAACGCCAAGCAGGAUUAAGAAACUCAUCAAUAUGGAAGCACUCGGGAUGUCCCGCUUAGCAUUAAUUGUGCUCGACAUGUACACAGAUGUCAAGGGAUAUUCCUUAUUCACUCUUCCUCAAAUCAGAGACGAGUUUUGGGACUUGUAUAAAAGUUAUUUGCAUAAAAAAUUGCUCGAGGGCGAUCUACGAUUGUGCCUAUAUGGUCCACUACCCACUAGUUCAAAGGCAAAGAAGAAGAAGCCCGUAAUGACUUAA